AUGGAAUCUAAAGACAUUAUCCUGAGUGUUGCCUUCUUCUUCCAGACAGGAACUGGGAUUCUAGGGAAUUCCUUCCUUAUUUGUCUCUUCAUUCUUGUCUUUCUCAAAGGACAUAGGAUGAGACAUAUAGAUAUUAUUAUCACCCAACUGACCUUGGUCAACUGCUUGAUUCUUCUGUCAAAGGGCAUCCCCCAGACAAUGACAGCUUUGGGUCUGAUGAAUUUCUUCAAUCAAAUUGGUUGUAAAAUUGUUUUUUACCUUCACAGAGUAGCUCGAGACCUUUCCCUCAGCAUGACUUGCCUCCUGAGUGGCUUUCAGGCCAUCACCAUCAGCCCCAGCAACUCCAAGUGGGCAGAUCUUAAGGCCAGAGCUCCAAAGUACCUCAUUCCCUCUAGUCUCUGCUGUUGGACUUUUCACUUGUUUUUUUGCAGCUACAUUCCUUGGGGAAUGAAGGGACCAAAACACACCAGAAACAACACUCAGAUUCAACAUAAUGGAUACUGUUCUCACAACAUUCCUUCUGGAUUUCAAGCCUCUUUAUUUGCAGCUAUUCUCUCCUUUCCUGAUGCUAUUUUUUUGGGACUCAUGAUCUCUGCCAAUGGCUACAUGCUGUUUUUAUUGUACAGACAUCACAAGCAAAUCCAGCAAGUUUACCUUACCUGCCUGUCCCCCAGAGUCUCCCCUGAGAAUAGGGCCACCAAAAGUAUCCUGAUGCUAGUGAGCACCUUUAUUUCCUCCUACUCUCUCAACUGCAUCCUGACAGCAUAUAUGUCACUUAUAAAGUCCCCACCCUGGUUAGUGAAUACUUCUGCUUUUCUGGCUGCAUGUUUCCCAACUGUGAGCCCUUAUGUGCUGAUCAGCAGUGACUCACAAGUGACCAGGUACUGCUCUGCUCUUUGUGGGAAGAAACCCUCCAUUUGGUCCUGGAUAAUAGAAUAA